AUGUCCUCAUCGUCGUCACUCUCAUCGGUUGUUUCAAACCUCGUCCGGGCGUCCAUGGGGACAACCAUUUCACCAUCCAUUACCGACGACGACCUCGACAGACACGUUGCAGAGCUCAUCUUAAGGGAAGCCAAACGGAAGGCCGAAAGCUACGGCGAAGUUGGAAUCAAAGCAUACCUUCCAACUGCGCCUGACCCGAAUGCGCCUCGCCCGAACAAGCGCUUCCUGAGUUCGAUUAUCAAGAGCACGGAUGAUCACAAUAAGACUAUACUCCGCGCUCAGGCACUUGCCGCACAGGAAAUCAAGAGGGAGAAAGAUGAGCGGGAGCGAAGAGAUAGGAAGGCUCGUGCAGAAGAGGCUGCUGCUGCCGAGCGAAUCAGGAGACGGAGACGUGACUAUGAUGAGCUUAGUUGGGAUAGCCGAAGGGAACGUGACCGACGGAGAGAUAGAGACCAGAGCAGGGGAAAAGAAAAGAGUCCAGAGAGGCGUUACAAGGAUGAUACCGAUGAUGACAGAAACAGGGAAGAGAGGUCCAGCAGACGGAGACAUCACCCACAUUCGGCGUCAAAAGAACGGAAUCAUGAUUCGAAGCACAGGAAAAGUCGUCGGCGAUCACCGUCUCCAGAGAGAGGUAGUUCAUCUGAUGACCGUCAACGGAGAAGACACAGGCGACACAAUGAUGACAAUUCUCGAAAGAGAAGACGCCAUACGAGUCGUUCAACUUCCCCACAUCACACCGAGUCACCAGCACAGCCUAUUCCAGAGAUCCCAGCCUCCAGGAAAAGGACGAGAUCAGUAUUACCAUCUGAUGAUGAUCAUAGGAAAACCAUCAAGUGCGCCCGGCGCUCGAGUCGUCGUGCCACCCGGUCUCCUUCCCGGUCAUCCCAAACAUCCCCAGACGAUGAAGCUGCGGAGGUAGCAGAAGAAAUUCGAUCUUCUCUCAAGGGUAAAACAAAAGCUCUCGACGACUACUCUAAACCAUCCCCUCUUACUCGCUCACCUUCUCCACCACCUCGCCGAAACCGGCCUGCAGUUACCCCGUCACGCUCAAACACCGUUCGUUCACCGUCUUCGUCACCCCCUCCUUUACCGACCGCGCAGCUUCCUUCAAAGAUGGACAAAUACUUUAAAGACUCUUACGACCCCAGGCUCGACGUGGCAACGCUCCCUCUCCCCAACGUACCUGCCACUGGCUUGGUCAGUGACGCAGAGUUUGCAGGUUGGGACGCAAUGCUCGAACUCAUCCGUCAACGACGGGAAGAUAAGGCUGAGAAGAAACGUCUUGAACGUCUUGGAAUAUCAACAGACAAGAUCGAGAAGAAAGGCACGAAUAAUGGAGCGGCUGAUCGGUGGGCUAGUGGAGGGGAUAGCAUCAUGGAUAUUGAGUACAAGAAAAGGGGGACCGUUCGGGAGUGGGAUUUGGGGAAGGAGGGUUUUUAA